CUCUGAGAAAGCAGCGAGACGGACUAAUGACCCAGCAUGAGGAGCCAGUCAUUCCACUAACAUGGACAAGUACGAAAAGGUGAAGAAAAUCGGGGAAGGUUCAUUUGGAAAGGCCGUCCUUGUCAAAUCCAAAGAGGAUGGGCGCCAAUAUGUCAUCAAGGAGAUUGGCAUAUCUGGAAUGUCAAGUAAAGAGAGGCAGGAAUCUCGGAAAGAGGUUGCCGUUCUUGCCAACAUGAGUCAUCCCAACAUUGUCCAGUACAAGGAAUCUUUUGAAGAGGGGGGCUGCCUGUAUAUUGUGAUGGACUACUGUGAGGGAGGAGACCUCUUCAAGAAGAUCAACUCUCAGAAAGGAGUACUGUUCUCGGAAGAGCAAAUCUUGGAUUGGUUUGUUCAGAUUUGCCUGGCACUAAAGCAUGUACAUGAUCGAAAAAUCCUCCACAGGGACAUCAAAUCACAGAACAUAUUUUUGACAAAAGAUGGGACUGUACAGCUCGGAGACUUUGGAAUUGCAAGGGUGCUGAACAGCACUGUAGAACUGGCAAGAACAUGUAUAGGAACACCGUAUUACCUGUCACCAGAGAUCUGUGAAAACAAGCCGUACAACAACAAAAGUGAUAUUUGGGCCCUAGGGUGUGUCCUAUAUGAAAUGUGCACUCUUAAGCAUGCAUUUGAGGCUGGCAACAUGAAGAACCUCGUUCUGAAGAUCAUCCGUGGCUCGUACCCUCCCGUGUCUGUUCACUACUCCCAAGAACUGCGCUCUCUCUUGGCACAGCUGUUUAAACGCAACCCUCGCGAGAGGCCCUCAGUCAGCAGUGUACUGGACAAACCUUUCCUGACCUGUAGGAUAGAGAGGUUCCUCACACCACAGAUCAUUGCUCAGGAAUUCCACCAUACUUUUCUUCACAAGCAGCCUAAAGUGGGUCAGGGGCCACCAGCCAAACGUUCCGCCCCUGGCUCCAUACCGCUCGCCCCAACCCAGAAGAUUACCAAACCAGCCAGCAAAUACGGAGUGCCUUUAACUGUGAGGAAGGUGUCAGACGCAGCCAAAAGGCCUGCAGAGAGGAAACCAGCUGUCAAGCAUAAACCGGCCCCUCUCCCAGCAGCCCCCCAGAAGAGAGUGAGUCAAGUGGAGGAAGAGAGGAGAAAACAUGAGGACGGCAUCAGAAAGAAAAAGAUGGAGCUGAUUGAGAAAGAAAGGAAACAGAGAGAGCAGAUGUUCCUGUUGAAAGCAGACCAAAUGAAGAGAUAUGAAAAGGAGAAGAUCAAUCGGAUAAACCAAGCCAGGGAACAAGGCUGGAAGCAUGUCUUGAGUUCUAGCGGAGGCAGCAGCCCAGAGAGGAAGUGUUAUGUAGGUGGUGGAAAGAGGGCCAUCCAGGGUCAGGGUCCUUCUCCAGCUCCUGUCCCAAGUAAAAGCUCAUAUGAACACUACCACGCUGCCCUUGACCACAUGGCUAAACCACAGCCUAAAGUCAUCAGCAGGGAGGGAUCCUCAGCAGGACCAAGCAGUCCCAUUCGAAGUGUACCGGCUGCUGCUGGCCCAGUGCUGUCCAACGGCCCUGCACGACUCCUAAACCCCGAUGCAAUCAAGAGGGAACUACAGAGGCUGCAGCACGUUUCUAAACAAGCCCAUUUUAGUAGGCAGUGUGGUCAGUUGGCUCCUGGACGGGCCUAUCAGGUGGAGGAGUUUUUACAGCGGAAGAGAGAAGCCAUGCUCAACAAAGUUCGUGCUGAGGGACAGCUGGAGUACUUGUCAAGACUGAGGCAGAUCCGCCUGCAGAACUUCAAUGAGCGUCAGCAGAUCAAAGCCCGGCUCAGAGGAGAGAAGUAUGACAGUGAUGGUUCUGACAGCCAGGAGUCCAGUGAGGAGGCAGAGCUCAGGAGAAAGAAGAUAGAGGCUUUAAAAGCCCAAGCAAACGCCCGUGCUGCUGUGCUGAAAGAGCAACUAGAGAAGAAGAGGAAGGAAGCGUAUGAGAGAGAAAAGAGAGCUUGGGAGGACCAUCUUGCAGCUCGGGGGGUGAAGGUCGGCAUGGCAGCAGGAAACGUAGCGGCGGCGCCAGCAGCAGUAGCAGUAUCAUCUACCUCUGACGGUCCUCUUCCACAGCCCAGUCCCUCUCAGCCAGACAAAGCUGCCAAAGCUCCAGCCCUGCCUGCAUCCAAACCCCAGUCCACCCCAGCUAUCUCCAUGACUGCUGCCCUGAAGAAUGUUGGAACAACUACUCCACUAAAAGAAAGUUUGCCGCAGCCAGAGACCACGAUGGUCAUGCAGAGUGAGAAAAAGCAGAUUCUGCGCAGACUUAAUCAGAACCUGAAAGCCCAGAGCCCAGUGGAGGAGGUGGAGGAGUCGCGUUCACCCCCUGCAGAACCGUCUCCCGCACCCCAACAGAACCAGUCUGACACGGAGAAACGUCCCUCUUCGAACGGAGACCGUAAGAAGUGGGAUGCAGCAGAACUGCCUGUACUUCCUGUGGCUCAGCAAACCUUAGAGGAAACCUGUGCCACAGCAAGCGCCUCCUCCUCUGUGUGUCCAGAGGAUAGACCGUCCUCUGGUGGAGACAGGAAGAAGUGGGAGGCAGGAGUUCCACUUGUCCUCUCUGUAGCUCAGCAAACUCUAGAACAGACAUGCAUCACGACCAUUGAGCAAACAGCAGGUGAAGUUAUACAGAUGGGUGGGCUACAUGAAGGAGCCCCUAGGAAGGUGUGGGGAGUGAGUCCGGACUCUCAGGUGCUGAGAGUGCUUCAGGAGGCAGAGCUUCAGCCUCUCACCCAGCAGCUGGAGAAUGCCACCAUCUGUGAGGAAGACUUUUCGAGCCCUGAUAAGCCCAACCAGACAAGAGCGGCUGAGAUACCUAAAGAAGUGAUGCCCUCUAAAUCAGAGCCGUCAGCUGUGGUUCGGAGCCCAGAUGUUCAGCAGGAGAGUGCACACACCACGGAGGAAGUGUCUGUGGCCGCUGCAGUAGAAAGAGGGACACUGCCGACCAACCUUACUGAGACUCAGGAUCCAGCAGACGUGGAGUCAGUGGUUUUGGAUGAGACACCUAAACAGGCGUCGCGUCCCCCAGCGGGUGUGCAGCAGGCAUGGGAGCAGGAAGCCCAACAGCCAAUGCCACCAGAGGGUAUCACAAGACCAGGAGGCUCUAAGGAGGUCGAGAAGAGUGCAGAGAAACCAACUGAAUCCUGCGGCUUGGCACAGUGCGAGGAGCCCCUGUUUACGAAGUUGUGUUCCCCGGCCCACCGACGCACUGCUGCCCUUGCAAUCCUCUCAGCUCAGUCCUCCAUGGAUGAAUCAUCGUCGUCUCUGGCCUCUCGCUCGCGCUCAGUCUCACCGCUGCGCUCCAAACACCACGACGCCCUCCUCAUUGGUCUCUCUACGGGCAUGUUCGAUGCAAACAACCCCAAGAUGCUGCGGACGUGCUCUCUACCGGACCUCAGUCGUCUCUUCAGCCCUCAGCAGGACUCGGCGGUGACUAAUGCUAACGUUGCCCCAGACAACAACCUGGAAAUCGAGGACCUGGAUGAGGCAGCUAAAGAUGACGACCAGUCAGAGCCUGAAGAUGCAUAUGAGGAUGAAGACCUGCGGGACAUCCGGGCCUCCAUGGAGAGACUGCUGCAAGAAGAGGGCGACUUAAUGAGCAGCCCCCCGGAGGCUGGUGCAGGAGACUUCAACGGAAACCCUCCAGAGGGCGAAGACCAAGAGCUUUUCAACAGGAUAGCGGCUGAGAUCGAUCAGGACAACAAUCAGAUGACUGUAGAUGAUGACGACGACGAUGAUGACGACGAUGACGACGACGAAGAAGAGGAGGAGGAGGAGGAAGAAGGCGAGGAGGAUGAGGAGGACGAGGAUGAGGAAUGCUCUAAUGGGAGUCCUGUUGAUGAAGAAGCAGGGGAGCUGCUUACUAACGGUGUGGGAGAGGAGAACCACAGCAAUAACAGCCAGCUCAAUGAAGAGUGGCAUUCAGAUGGCAGUGGGGAGGACCAGAGCGCAGAGGCGGCGUAUCAUGACAGCAUCUUCAGUCGUCUGGAAGAACUUCGCUUCAAUCUGGAACAGCAGAUGGGCUUUGAGAAGUUCAUUGAGGCCUACAAUAAGAUAAAGGCUAUACAUGAAGAUGAAGAUGAGAAUAUUGACCUGGGCUCCAGUUUGGUGUUGAGCAUUUUGGGAACCGAGCACCAGCAUCUGUAUCCCCACAUCCUGCAUCUAGUGAUGGCAGAUGGCGCAUACCAAGAGGAUAAUGAUGAAUAAUGCUUCCUGCAAGCCGGCUGCUCUACUGGCAGCUCUGACAAUCUGCUAGCUAUCGGAUGUCUUCCCAUCACGCACAUCAUUGGCAGAGGGAUCUAUGCAUGAGGUGUCGCAGCCCCACAUCUAACAGUGUUUCAGGCACACUUGCAUGAUGAAUAACUAGUACACUCGAGGCUGUGUUUCAUACUUUUGACUAUCAGCACCUGACACUAUUUUCUCACCAGUGUUCAUUCAAAAGUGCAUUAUCGAAUACAUGUUCCUAUUAACCAAAGUUAACUUCGCAGUUCCGUCAGAUGUUUAUGAAAGAGUAUUUCUGUAAAGGAAACGUAUAUCGUCACGUUGAUUAAUAGCAUCAACCCUGUUGUGUUUCAGUUUGUGAUCGGGUCAGUUAGAAUCCACUGUGGCAUUUUAUUUUGGUGGGCAAAGAUCUGGUCCUCUCAGGUGCUCUCUUUCUAAUCGUCACACAUUCAACCAUAGCUUCAAAACCUAAACCAGGUCUCCCUCAAAACAAAAGUACCAAGAUUUACUACCGAGAACCAGUUGAACCUCCUUUUCUUACAACUCUUUUCACCAAACGUGAAGUGAAAUAUUAUCUAAUACAUUUUCCACAUUUCUUACUGUUUCAGUUAACCCAAACUAAGUCAAAGAUUUCUGUGAGACUGCUGUAUGUUGCCAAGAUACUGUAGCAAGACUGUGGCAUUAGAGUGGUGGGAGUGAUGGAGGGGCCCAGGCCAGAUGGAUGUUCAGUGCAGAGAGCUGGUGGUGUAAGCAAUGAUACAGAUGUUA